AUGACCAUGAUUUCUCAAAUCCUUGUCGCUCUCGCCGCCGUCGGCGCCGCCAUGGCCAAGCCCGUCGCUCCCAAUGCCGCUCCGGAGCCGACCCGCGCCGGCGACAGCUCGCCUUCCAGCUGCGUCCACACCGUCUUCCACGCGCCGCAGUACACCUGGGGACCGACGGAGACUGUUUGGACCUCGACGGCGACGGUCACCAAGGAGGUCGACUGCGGCGGCUGCGAGGAGCUCGAGACCACCACCCUCGUCUUUGGCCCCGGCCCCGUUGUCUUCUUCACCACCACCGUCACCGCCAGCACAGCGUCGACGACGACGGUUCAGGUCUGCGGCGCCGCGACCCCUGCCUUGUAG